CCAGGCUGCCAUGCCUCUCUCAGAGCCCGUGGAAAGAUGCGUGAAACUCCUCCCGUGCUUCUCCUGCUCGGAUCGCUCGCCCAGAUUCAUCUCUUCUGAGUAAAUGAAGAAAGUGACUAUGAAGGCACAGCAUCUGCCUUCUGUUUUCAUCAAUGAGGAGAAGUUCAUAACCAGAGAGCAGCUCAGUUCUCUUCUGAAGAAUUAUAACUCUUACUAUUCAGAUCAAGAGAAUCUGCAACUGACAUAUAAUCAGCGGGAAGGAAGCCCACCAUUCAUCGAAGGAAUCCUCUCAAUCUUCUGGGGAGUUCGACAUCCUAUCCGAUUAAAAAUUCAGGAUGAGAAGCAGAUUCCUGCUUUUGUGACCCUGAAGUCAACAGAGAAUGUGGGGUUUUUCCCUACUAAAAGGGGAAUGACUCGCUGGGGAGAAUUUGAUGACCUCCAUCACAUUAGUGGGGACACACUGAAGUCUACGGAGGAACAGCCAGACCUAGAGCAAAGUUAUCCAUGUUACGAGAGUCCCACACUGAGGGAGCAGGAGCUGGACUGUGCCACCCUGCCCCGGACCAGCAGCGAUGCCGCGGCCGUGCGCAGGAGGACCAAGCUCCCCACCAUAACCAGGAUGGAAGUAGAAACUCACAGGUUCUCAAUCAAUGGCCACUUCUACGACCACGAGACAUCAGUUUUCACUCCUGCUUUUGGCUCAGAAACCAAGAUAAGAAUCCACAGCCAGAUGAGAACCAGACAAGUGAUAGAGCAGCUCCUUCGUAAGUUUAAGAUAGAAAACAGCCCCCGUGAAUUUGCACUUUACGUUAUCCAUGCAUCUGGAGAAAAGAAACAGCUGAGGAGUGGAGAUGUUCCCUUGCUGCACAGGCUGCUGCAGGGGCCCUCUGAGAAGAUUGCCAAGUUCUUUCUCAUGGAUGGGGACGUGGAAGAGAUCAGCAGUGAUGUUGCUCAGUACAUUUCAUUUCAUCUUCCCUUUCUGGAAUCGAUUCUGCACAGAAUAAAUGAAGAGGAGGAGCAGGAGAUUCAACAGACAGUUGCAAGGUACCUCAGAGAGAAGAGCCUGAUACGGCAACACCUUCGAAGUCGAAGUGUUAAAAAAACAGAGACUACGGUGUGAUGGGCUGGCCCCUUGGGAACACCCGGGAAUGGCCCCUCAGAGAGCCUGGGCUGCUCAAGGGGGCAGAGUCCUUGCUGCUGCUGCCUGCGGGCUGGGACUGAGGCUGCUUCAGCCUCCUGGAGUGCCAGGUGGGGAAAGGCUCUCCGCACCACUGAACCACUCCCGCAGCGCUGGGUGCAGGCAGGAACCACCUGAGGAGAUACACUGCAUCACCCAAACAGCAGAUGCUGGAUCUGACUUGGAACUUAGGCAAAAAAUCCCCUGAAAAGCCCAAGGCUUUAAAUCCUGCUGAUGUGUGACCUGGUACCAAGAGGCUGACGUAGAAAAAUGUUGCAAUAAUCAAUGUGCUGAUCGAAAAUAUGCAAAUUAAGGAUGUGGUCAUCCCUCUGUUUGAGAAAUAUUGUAUUAUAUUACCAGAAAGCUUUUCAGUAGAGCCAAGUGGCAGAAGGUAUUUAUGUAUUCAAGAUUGCAGGCAGAAUUUUCAUUUAAGCUAUAAAAGAUCCAUGCAAGAUGCCUGAAAUCCACCGGCUUCAGGCUGGUGAGUGCUGAAACUGCUUAAGCUUUGAGCUACUGUAAGAAAAACAUAACUGGAAACCCUCCCACUUAGGAGCUGCCCUGCUUUACCAAUGACAGGGAAUUUACCGAUGAAAUACCUCGUGAACUGCCAAGUGAGAACUGGCCAAACACUGUUGGGUCCUGAAAGGCAUCUCAGUGGUUACUGUUGGAAUAAACGAUUGUGUUCCUCGAUGUGUUUUGUUUGAAAGGGAAUUGAGAAGUGCUCCAGUCAGGGCACAGCAGCCAAAUGUCCGGUUCUGUCUGGCUGAGCCGUGUUCAAUGUUAG